AUGAAUAUCAGAACCAUCCAAAAACUUUCAAAAAUAAACAAUAAACAAAUAAACACAAUUUCUAUAAAAAUUGAUAAUAAUUUGAUAAAAAAUGAUAAAAAAUAUUCAAUUAUUCCAGACAAUAUAACGGCACGUUGGGAAGGGUUUCCAAUGCCUAAACAACAAAAUUUGUUGGAUGGAGACGAUGUUGGGACCUUGUUAACCUCUCAACUUGAAGGAGAUGAGGAGGGGAAAGCACCGUUAACUUGCACUCAAAAGAUUAUUAAGUACAUCAAAAUCCUCGUGCCACACAUUGUACUAGUUGCUGUCCUUAUUGGAUAUCUCUGCCUAGGGGCAAGUAUACUUCAGGCUUUGGAAACUCGAACAGAAUUGGUGGCUCGUUCGCGCAAGCUUGUUCGGCUUAAUAAUAUGAUAGAGAACUUUACUAUAGAAAGCUGGAAAAUUUUCGGAAGCAACAAGACAAUAAAUAAUCCAGAAAAUUGGGCUAUUGUAUUUCGCGAUUAUAUGGUUAAAGUGGCACAAGAAGUGGAUGAGAGGCAAGAAACUUCCCCCGAACGCCUUGAUAAUAUCCACAAUAAAUGGACGUUUCCUACAGCUUUGCUUUAUGUAUUAACUGUGUUAACAACUUGUGGUUAUUCUGAAGUUUCCGUGAAUACAGAUGUUGGAAAAAUAUUUUCUGUUAUAUUUGCACUAGUUGGUAUUCCUCUCAUGUUUAUAACUGCAGCAGAUAUUGGAAAAUUUCUUUCUGAUACUUUGUUAAGGAUUAUAGCUGAAUGGAAGUUGAUGACUAGAAGAGUCAAACGGAUAGCUUAUGAUUUGUUUUAUGCUCAGAAAAGUGGAAAGCUUAGGCGGAAGUCUCUACAAUCCAUUAGUGUGUCGCUUGGAGCUCUUGAAUUGGCUGAUAUUGGCUCAAAGGACGAUACAAAUUUGUGGUUUCCUAUAGGUGCCUAUGUUCUAUGUAUUUGUGUUUAUUGCUCAUUCGGCUCAAUUAUGUUUAUGAAUUGGGAGGAAAAAUGGUCUUUCAUUCAUUCUUUCCAUUUUGGAUUUAAUCUGAUUGUUACUGUUGGACUUGGAGAUAUUGUAGUUACCGACUACUUAUUUCUUUCAUUAAUUGUAGCCUUUGUUAUUGUUGGUCUAGCCGUUGUAACUAUGUGUGUUGAUUUGGCCUCAACCCAUUUAAAAAAUUAUUUUGCAAAAAUUCAUUAUUUUGGACGAGCAAAAAGAUUUUUGGGGAUGAGUGAGGAAUUGAGGGAAAUUGUUACUUUAUUGGGGGUGUUAAAAAGGAAAAAGCAUGGAAAGAUAACUUUGGACGAUGUCUGCAAUUUUUUGGAAAAUGAGCUUUAUAAUAGAGCUUAUGAACCACACGAAUUAUUAAGAAAGGUAAAGAUGGUUUUUUAA